AAUUCUUAAGAACGAAACCGACCGAACUGGUUAUAAACCCCUGGGUCGAGUUGAGCCGGAUGAUCUAGAAACCAUUUCAACCCGAUCCCUCUCUCUCUCCGUCUCCUUCUCCGUCUCUGUCAAAGUUUGCAAUUCGAGAUCUCAAUCACUCGAAUGGAGAAUAAGAAAGCAGUUGGAGAAGGCAUAUCAUCCGCAAACGCUGUUUUACUCGGAGCUCUAGCCCCCGGUGUCAACGGUCCCACAUGGAAUACAUUAAAAUCAGCGUUCGUGAUGCUGGGUCUAUGCCUUGCUCUGAUGCUGGGCUUAGCGUUCUCCGCAAGUGACUCUGCCUUGGUGCUUCAUGUUGCAUUCCUUGUUCUGAUCACAGCCACCCUCUUCCUGCUUCUUAGCUGGUUUCUUGCACAGACCGGUUUGGUUUCAAUUGAACAUCAAAUGCGGGAGAUUGACUUAGUGCCUAAUGAUUGUUCAGAGACAAGCAGAAAGGACAAAUAAUUUGUUUCUCUUAUAGCAUUUCAAGCACAUACAUCAUCAAGCUUGGGAAUAAAGAACUUUAAGAGGACCCUUAUCAACAAUACUAAUGGAAUGACUGGUACGAUUUUGAUGCUUUCCUUCAGCGAGGAAUGUGAAGAUAAGGUUGUGAGCACAGCAAGCAAAAGACAGAACUUCCAUUGUUUUGCAAGAAUUGAUGGGAGUGGUUACAUCUGUCAAUCACUCUUUCCUUCCUUCUCCUUAUGUUUGCUCUCUUUGGGCUUGAUGAAGCAGAAACAUGAACAGCAGGGGAACUGAAACAGGAACUUCAUUUCUUUCUUGCUAUGACGGUUUCAAUGUUUGGAUACCAUUGCUUAUAUAGAUCUUCGGCCCUUCAUUUAA